CCAUCCUCUCGGUGAACCGUCGCCGGGCCGUGUCAUCGGGGUGCACGAAGAGUCCGAGGAUUCUGGCAGAAACCCAGGAAUGUUGAAGGGCACCGCGUAUCGAACGACGUCGGCGUUCAAUACCCUCGUACACGCGGAGGAACGCGUUGACGGCAGCGACGGCCGUCGCAUGACGGACUUUACCUACUGACAGUGGAAAUCAGCCGAGCUGUCAUCCGAAAAUCUGUCGGCGCGGAAAUAUUGACACUUGUAAUCCGAUGGUGAAACAGAAACGGAAAGAAGUGCACUGUAUAUACGUAUACUAUAUGUACUACGUGGGAGAUUUCGAAAGCACAACGCUGUGGAUCUUUUAGAAUAUAUUGGGAAGAUAUGCACAACAGAUUAGAAUAAUCGUCGACUUAUGGAACAUUUAUUCAAUUGAGUUAUAAUAUAUUACGACAGCAGGCGAGCUGUCAACGUGAAACUCACUCGCGCAACGUGAUUUUUAAUUAAGAUACAGUGCAAUUUUUCUCCCGCACACCUUUGUUUAAAGCACAGUUUAAAUGUUUUUGUACAAACUCGUUAAAUGUUAUCUGAGAAAAGAGCGUAAAAUAUCGUGAAAAAAAGUUGCCGUGUAAGAGCAUCGAAACACUGAAGAUCGCCGGAGAUGCGAAAGGUAUAAAAGUUAAGAGAUAAGAAGAGUUGUGUCAUCAUGUUGAUAUCCUAAAAACACUCCUCUGACUUUAAUGGGGGAAUCCGCUCGUGUCGGCUGGGUCAUUCCGCGGCGAUGCGGCGGAUUCCGAGAAUAACGGAGAGCACGGGACUUGCAGAGGUGACAGGUUGUGCCUACGUCGCUUUGACGUCACCGGGAUUCGUCUAGGAAUCACGAUGUGACUGAUCGUCACCUGAAAGUACCGUGUAGUUCCAUCGCGUCAGUAUAUCACAUCGAUCGUCCUUUGACAGGCAUUUGACAGAAGAGAAACUGAUGCAGCAAUUAUCAGCUGACAUUUUAACGCUAUUUAUUCGGAGUUUCAGAGAUGGAAAUCGCAGUUUAAUGGAUACAGCGAGCAAUUCAACAUGGAAUUAAGGCAAAUAAACGGCUGAUUCUCGAAUUAAUCCGAAACGUUGGAAAAAUAACAUUUGGAGACUUGUGAGACGUGAGGAUCUAAGCGACCGACACGUGAGAAUCACGGCAUGAGCAACGGCGAAGGCGUAGUGACAGGCCCGGGUUCCGGCAGCGAUCGUCUGUGCGAGGACGUCGACAUGGCCACCCCGACGUCAGCGUCGUCGAAUCUGAAGCCGCGAAGCGGUAAAAUCAGCUUCAGCGUCGACUCCCUGCUGAGCGGCACGAAGAAGAGUGCCAUCAGCGGCGGCACUUUCGCGGCGAGGCGAGACAACGACGAUCGGCUGGACGCCGAGAAAAAUCUCGAGAUGGAGACCAGGUAUCGAGAGCUGCUGAUAGAGCAGCAGAGGCUGCAGAGCAGAGAGUUACUCGCCAGGCUGAGCCCGCACGGGCUCGCCGGCUUCGGCAAUCAUCACCAUCAUCACCAUUCGAGCAGACUCGAGCAGGAUCAUCCGCCGGCGCGGCAGGAAAUAAUCACGGUGAAGGACUUCUCUAGAACGAGCCACGACAAGUCUUCCUCGCCCAUUAGAAUAGACCAGGAGAUCCCGCGGGAUCGCGACGAUCAUCGACUGACGACCAGUUCGCCGAGCGGAAUCGGCGAGACGAUGCUGCAACGGGAGCAAGAGCGCAUUCAGGAGGAGGACGAGAGGAUCGACAGGAUCACUAAUCCGAGAUCCGUGUCGCCCGCGAGCAGACGCGAGAUCCUCGACGAUCGCAGCGACUCCGAGGCGAAUCGCUCGCUGGAAGGCGACCGGACGACGGAUCAUCUGGAUCUCGAGGACCACGAGAUCAGAAGCGUCGGCCAGUCCGAGGAUCUGAAUGUAAUGGACUCGGACUGCGAGCUGGAGAGGGACCUGGAGGCCGGCCAGGAGAAGGAGGAGAAGUCUAGCCCGGUAGUGCCUCAACCGAUUCAUCCCGGAGUGCAGAGGCCGUCGCAGGGGCCGCCGUAUCUCGCCGGAGCACCCGGCGCUCCCGGCUGGAACCCCGCAGGAUUUCCGCAUUCUCUGGCGGGGUUCGCGUGGCUGCCCCCACCUCCGCAUCCGCACAAUCCUCAUGGACAUCUUUACACGCCGCACGGCGGACCGACCAGUCCGAACGGGGACUUAAGACUGCCGGGACCCGGGCCAGGCCCGGUCAGAUGCACCCUCAGAAAGCACAAGCCAAACCGAAAACCGAGAACGCCGUUCACGACGCAGCAGCUGUUAUCGCUCGAGAAAAAGUUUCGCGAGAAACAGUACCUGACGAUAGCCGAAAGAGCAGAGUUCUCGUCGUCCCUUCAUCUUACGGAAACGCAGGUGAAGAUCUGGUUUCAAAAUCGAAGAGCCAAGGCGAAACGGCUUCAGGAGGCAGAAAUAGAGAAGCUAAGACUAUCCGCGAGGCCUCUCUUGCACCCCAGUUUCGGCUCGGGGCUGAUGUUCUCCGGGGUGGGCCCACCUGGUACCCCAGGAGUGCCUCCCUUCAUUGCGGCUGCCAUGGCUAGGCAUACUCAUGCCGCAGCGGCGGCAGCUAUGUUCAUGGGACCGCCUGGGCACCGCCCUUAAUAACGAUACUUCAGCGAUACGUGUGCGAUUUAAAAUCAUUCUUGAUAUCUAAAAAUUUGACAAAUCUAUUCUUAGAAAAAGAUCCGAUGAUGUAGGAUCUGUGAAUUUAGUGAUGCAAGAAGAUAAGAAAAUCCAAAGACUAAGGAUUCAUGGAAACAAAAAAUCUAUACGCUUAAUUAUUCGAGACAUAGAAACUUGAAAAUUUUUAAUAUCACAAGUCCGAGAAUUAAGAAAUGAAGAAAGAACAUGUGAAACUAGUGAUCGCGAAGAACCUAAGAAGCAAGAAUCGAAAAGCUAAAGAAGACGAAAAUUGGAGAAUUGAAGACUCAAGAAAGCAGAAGUUGAGUACAUAUUAAAUCGAAUCUCCGCGAGUGAUUUUUCUUUCAAAAAAAUUGUCUAAGAUUUCUCGACUGCUCUUGUUUAUUAGCCCUUUAUCUGGAUUAAUCACUCAAUCUUCUACCAAGAAUAUUAGGAUCCAUCACUUAGCGUUGGAAACCGGAUUAGCUAGAAGCGAUGCAACGAUACUCGCGCGUUAACCCCGGGCGCCUUAUCUCCAGAGACAUAUGGAUAAUCUGACAUUCAAUUGAACGAAGCCUGAAGCUAUCGUUCGGGAAGUCUAACUGAAAAAACAUCGUCGUAAUAUUCCCUGAACGAGUAUACGUGUAUUAGCGCCGUGAAAGGCGCUCGAAAACUUUGAUCUCAAGAGAAAGCAUAAGUGUACAUAGUGUAAAUAGAUACGCGUUCGUACGGUAACUAUGAGUGUACGUAUGUAUAUACACACGUGUACAGGACGCUUCGAUUACCCUCACAGAGGUGAAAUCACGAGGAGCGAGCGUUUGUGAGAGUUAGUUUUAACGAUUUGGACUGCGCUGGAUCUAGCAAACAUUCGUUCCCGAGUUUGUUUUAAAUGCGGACCGCUCAAAGUGCAGCGACGAAUGAAUAUGUGAGGUACGUUUAAACAAUUCCGAGUCUGAGAGCAGUAAAGAAAGAGCCAACGUUAAUGCCAAAUGUAAUAAUUAUCUCCCUGAAAGUAAUAGCGCUCAUAUUAAAGAAAACAAAUCUAAUCAAGUUCAUCAGAAGUAUUUAUUUUUUAAGUAUCAGAUUGCACAGUUUUAGUCGUAUUCUCAAAAAUUAUAUUAGUCGCAUCAUGUGAUGUUUCUGACGGUAAAUAAAAGACGAACCAUUGAUCUUUCAUCGGCAAGCACGUCAUUUAGCUCUGACAUCUUUCAAACUUGUUGAAUUUUUUCUACGCGAGCAAACGAAGUAAGUGCAUGCAAAUUGUGUAUCUCAGUCUGUAUCGAUCGUGAAUCGAGGGAGAUGGAAUCGUUCAUAGGCAGUAAAAACUAACGUUACGAAUGUGGCAAGGUUCUAGACGUACCUAUGCGCCUUGUAUAAAUGUAAGAUGAUAAUUUAUCCAUGGAAGUAUAUUAUAGCAAAAUAAAAAUGAUUUCAAUAUUUA